CCCUCCUUUUGACGCUGCUGACUGAAAAUCUGGCCCACCGAGUCGGGCGUCCUCGAUCUUCACCGCCGAGCGGACUCGGGGCCGCGGAAGAAAGUCGGGAUGAUUAUGAUCAAAUGAUGCUGUUUGGAAAAAUUUCCCAGCAGUUCUGUGGCUUAAAGAAACUCCCAAGGUCACGUGACUCCCGAUACUUCUGGGGCUGGUUGAAUGCAGUGUUUAAUAAAGUGGAUCAUGAACGCAUCCGGGAUGUUGGCCCUGACAGGGCAGCGUCCGAGUGGCUGCUGCGCUGUGGGGCUCUGGUGCGCUACCACGGCCAGGAGAGGUGGCAGAAGGACUACAACCACCUCCCAACAGGCCCUCUGGACAAAUACAAGAUUCAGGCAAUUGAUGCCACUGAUUCUUGUAUCAUGAGCAUUGGAUUUGAUCACAUGGAAGGCCUACAGCAUGUUGAAAAAAUAAGGCUAUGCAAGUGUCACUAUAUUGAGGAUGACUGCUUGGAGAGACUUAGUCAACUUGAAAAUUUACAAAAAAGCAUGUUGGAAAUGGAAAUAAUUUCAUGUGGGAAUGUCACAGACAAAGGUGUCAUUGCUUUGCAUCAUUUAAGAAACCUCAAGUAUUUGUUUUUAAGUGAUCUUCCUGGCAUAAAAGAAAAAGAAAAAAUUGUCCAAGUCUUUAAAACAUCACUGCCUUCUCUGGAACUAAAAUUAGACUUGAAGUAAAAUAGUAAUAUUCAGUAAGUGUCUUAUUUCAAUAUAAAGUAUCAUGUGCAAUUGUUGAUCCUAAACAGCAACAAAUAUUACAUAAACAUCAACAGAACUAUAAGAAUGUUAUACCACAACAUUCUAGCAGAGUCCAUCAUGUAGAAAAUAAACAUUCAGAUGUGAUUCACUAAAGUUACUAAGUUAGAAGUGAGAAUUUAGGUACAUUAAAUCAUUUUAAGAAAAAUGCAAACCAGGUACCAUUUUAAUUCUUAUAUAUUCCUUAUUUUAUAUCAAUCCUAUAUAAAUAUCUCUUGAUGUAGAUACUUAAGAGUUCUUUAAAAUGAUUUAAAUGUACAACACAGAUAUUCUUUAUUUUUAACAGUAAUUUGUUACAUUUUACUUUAAAGUUUUUGAAGCAUGUUACUAUAAAUAUACAAUUAUGAAAAACUGAAAGCUAAAUUUCAGAUUCACUGAUGGAGUCAAUUAUGCAAAGUAGUCAGACGUUGCUGGGGCAUUCAUAUUGCUUCCCAGGAUUCGCAUGCAUUUGUCAUGAUCCUGCAUUCCUGUGCUCUUUAUACCAUACAUCCUUUCUCUGAAUGAACAGUUUCUGGCUAAUUUGUCUAUUUUGUAGGCUUAGUCUAGUGUCUUAUUAAAACUAGACAUAAAUACCUGGCUGGAUUUAAAUAGCUUUGCUGAUUGCAAUAGAACAGAGGAAACAAUGAUGAAGGCCAGCAGAGCUAUACUUACUUUCUGCUUAAAUUAAAAAACUGCUUCAAACAGAAAAAUUUAACAUGUCAGUUAGAAACUAAUUUGUAUUCCCUCAUAUAUGUUGGAUAGUACUUCCCAUGAGCUCAAGGGACAUCAUAAGAAGUAUAAGCACUAAAUUCACUUUACAUCUAGAAAGCAGUGAUAAAGAAUAUCAUAAAUAGGUAUAAACAGAUCUUUAUUUUUAUCUGCUUCAAAUGGUCCUGAUUCUAUUAUUGUUGUUUAUAUGCCAACUUGUUUGUGGAUUUCUGUAUGUUUGGUUUGAAUAUUAAUCUGUUGAAUAUAACCUUGACUGGAGUUAAUUUUAAAAUAAACACUUUCUGUGAUGCAGCA